AUGGGCAUCUCAAUGUUUGGGCCUCCAGCGCCCAUUGACCCGUCAUACGAACCGUCCGUCUCCAUAACUUCGAUCCCUGCGAGCGCCCCGAUCGAUGAGAUCCUGGGUGUACUCGAGCGGGACGGGGGCGUGAUCCUGACGGGAUUCGCCACGGCUGAAGACAUGGCCGCCGUGGACCGCGACGUCGAGGCCCAUCGCGCACAAACCCGGUCGACCGAGAAGAGCGCACUGCACAUCAUCCCCAAGGAAACGCUGGCCAUCCCGGGCCUGGUCGGCAAGUCUGCGACCAUGGCCAAGAUCUGUGCUGAAUCGCCCGUGCUCGAGGAACUGCGGACGUCGAUCCUGCAGGAGAAAUUCAAGGUGAUCCGCGAGGAGAUUGUCGAGGAAAACACCAUCGACCCGCUGCUGAGCAUCAGCAUCACCUUCUACAUCGGCCACGGGGCGCCUCGACAACGGCUGCACCGAGACGACAACGUGCACGGGAUCCGACACGGCGGAGAAAGCUUUGACCUCAAAAAGGCCAGCCAGUUUGGAUGUCUGAUCGCCGGGUCGAGGACGACGCGACAGAACGGAGCCACCAUGUUCGUGCCAGGAUCUCACAAAUGGGACGAUACCCGACGUCCAAGGACGGACGAGGUAUGCUUUGCCGAAAUGGAACCGGGCUCCGCCUUGAUCUUCCUGGCAUCCUGCUACCACGGGGGCGGCCACAACUCGCUCCCCGGCGAGGUGCGCAAGGUCCACGGCCUGUUCUUCAUCCGGGGCAACAUGCGCACGGAAGAGAACCAAUUCCUGGCGGUGCCGAGGAGCAAAGUACUCACCAUGAGCGACAAGAUGCUCUCACUGCUGGGGUACAAGAAGCCAACGACGGUGCUGGGGGUCGUCGACAACGAGGAUCCGUCGUUGGACUUGCAGUCUGUCUUUGAAAAGGCGAACCGAUAG